CACACGUGUAAGCAAACAAGUUCACAAACUGUGCUCAGUAGUAUUACGUGCGAUAUCAAGCGUGCAGGAGACACUGAUCCUCACCUGUACCGGAUCAGCCGACAGCGCAACACGUAGUUCAACAUGGCACGCGUAAUGGCCCAGUGUCUCCGGACUGUCAAAAACCUGACAGUGGUGACAGUUGCCAGAAUGUCUCCCCAUGUCAAGAAACACAGAAUGAGCUUUGUGAGUUUUGUGGUGGGUGGAACGGCCUACUACCAGCUGAGAGGCACCACUACGGCUUAUGCCAAGUCUCUGGACGGCAAGAGUCAGCGACAGAUGUGGAUGGCCGAACCGAUCACAGAGAUGGAAGAUCUGCAGAAGAAUUCCGAUGACAUGAAAAGCAGGAUGGAGAUGAUGAUUAUGAGAAUACAGGGCGAAGUUUGCCGAGCUUUGGAGGAGGCAGAUGGAGAGAAGAAAUUCCAGGUGGAUAGAUGGAAGAGGAAAGAGGGAGGCGGUGGCAUCACUUGUGUCAUGCAGGACGCCACAGUGUUUGAGAAGGCGGGCGUUAAUAUCUCUGUCGUCCAUGGCAACCUGCCACCAGGUGCCGUCCAACAGAUGAGAUCAAGGGGUAAGAAGCUUGAAGGAACCUCACUUCCAUUUUUUGCUGCCGGUAUUAGUGCAGUGAUUCAUCCUAAAAAUCCUCAUAUUCCCACAAUCCACUUUAACUAUCGCUACUUCGAGGUUGAAACCAAAGACGGCAAACAGUGGUGGUAUGGUGGCGGAACCGAUCUCACACCCAACUUCCUGGUAGAAGAGGAUGUGAAAAACUUUCAUCAGACGUUGAAGUCCGCCUGCGACAAACACAACAAGUCAUUCUACCCUCGCUUCAAGAAAUGGUGCGACGACUACUUUGUCAUCAAACACAGAGGUGAAUGUCGAGGUGUCGGAGGUAUAUUUUUUGAUGAUGUGGAUGAACCUACUCAUGAGGAGGCUUACAAGUUUGUUACAUCCUGUGAUGAAGCUGUGGUGCCGUCGUAUAUGCCAAUUGUUUGGAAACACAGAAAUGAAGGCUACAGUUACGAUGAAAGAAAAUGGCAGUUACUGAGGCGAGGCCGAUGUGUUGAGUUUAACUUGAUCUACGAUCGUGGCACCAAGUUUGGCCUGUACACGCCUGGCGCCAGAUUCGAGAGCAUCCUCAUGUCUCUGCCCCUGAAUGCUAGGUGGGAGUAUUGUCAUACUCCAUCUCCAGGGUCCCGGGAACAACAGCUGAUGGACGUACUCAAGAACCCCCGUGACUGGGUGUGAUCAUGGACACAUCUAGUUGACCAUACCAUUAAUGGAUAAAAACAGCUGAAUGAAUGAACAGAUAAACGUAGAGACACAUUUAUCAUAAUAUUCAUCAAUAUUUGAACGUGUAUUUAUAAAUGUCUAACAACUAGGUCAAAAUAAUAGGAUUGGUUUGGAUAUGAGACAGUAUGAAGCAUGGAAAAUUGUCUUUCAUUUCACUUGCAUUCCCAUCAUUAAAUAUUUACAUCUGUAACUAUUCAUCAGUAAACUAGUUAAAAUAAUGAAACAAAAUAAAUAGUUGCUCUGAUCCAAUAAGGGAUUACAAACUUUAUGCUGAAGUCAGCAAUAUUAUGGUUUUAUUCAGGGAUCGAUUGGACACAAAAUCCAGUGUCAUAUAUGCUCUUAAGAUUUAACUACUACAGAGAACAUGGGCUUUGAUGCAGAAAGAAUGUAUGAAUGCUGUUCUCUUUUUUUGAUACCAGUUUUACAAUUAUUUUCUGUACCUAAUCAUUUUAAAACUUGAAUGCACUGACAAGAGUUGCGGAGUCCUCUAGUAUUAGCACUUGUCAUUUCACUGAUGUUGUUUUAGAAAUUCAUUUCUGAAGUGAAAAAUUCCCAUACAUCAAAAUAAUACAUAUCAAAAUCAUAAUAACAUCAAUAUAAUAAUUGUUUUUCAUAUACUACUCAAAAGAUUUAAAGGAAACCUGAUUACAUGACACCACCCAUGACAGAUCAAAUAUACUGAGGGAAAAAAAUAAGGGAUCAAAUGAAAGUACAAGUGUUACCUAAUUUUUUUCCAGGUUUCUUCACAAGCUAUGCGAUACAAUGCUCGUGAAGAAACCUUGGAAAAAUAUAAUGGAACACUUUUCCCUUAUUUUCUUUCACUCAGUAUAUGAACACAUGCAAAAUCGCAUGUUCUCAGUAACUUCUGUUGAGUUGCUGGGUUUACAACUGAUCACAAGCCAAUGUUAGUUUCAUGGGAUAAAGAUGUUUAUGAUAGCAGGCAGUAGUGUUGGGAAUUGGUCCAAAUCUCAUAAUUGAUGAUUGGUUCAUUACUACCGAUCAAUCAUCGAAAAUAAUUGGUUAGUGUCAUUAAUGAAAUUU